AGGAGAAGGAAUCUAGUCCUGUUAACUUCCAGGAAGCAGUUAAACUCCAAUUAUGCUGAAUAUCUCUCUUUAGUGCAUAUGUACACACGACCGGCUUUCUCUGUGACCAGAUUUCUGACCGUACAGGAUAAAUCAGAAAACUUGGAGACAUAUGGUUGGAAAAUGAAACAAUCCAGGAGUGUUACUACAUCAUUAUAUUGUUGCCGUGUUGUUGCAGACGGGCUGUCAGUGAACACUGAAAUGAUAUGAAUGAAAAGAAGAAGAAGCCAUGGAAGAAAGCCCACUGCCAGACCUGAGAGACAUUGAACUGAAGCUUGGGCGUAAAGUGCCGGAGAGCCUGGUACGGUCGCUCCGUGGGGAGGAGCCGGGCAGGGACCGAGACAGAGACAAGGACAAGGACCAGGGCAGGGGGUGCAGCAGCAGUAGCAGCAACAGCAGCAGCAAUAACAGCUGCAGCUUGUCUCCCUCUUCUUCCUCCUCUUCUUCGUCUUCCCCAGCCUCUGGCUCUCCUAGAUGUUGCAACUCCAGUGCCCUGGAGAGACUGGAAACCAAGCUACAUCUUCUCAAGCAGGAGAUGGUUAACCUCAGAGCCACUGAUGUCAGGCUCAUGCGGCAACUGCUCAUCAUCAAUGAGAGCAUUGAGUCCAUCAAGUGGAUGAUGGAAGAAAAGGGUACAAUCACCAGCCGAGGCAGCAGCCUUAGUGGGAGCCUAUGCAGUUUACUGGAAAGCCAAAACACCUCCUUACAAGGAAGCUACAAUAGCUUACAGGACUGCAGUGAUGGGUUGGAUGGAAUAUCAGUGGGCAGUUAUCUGGACACUUUGGCAGAUGAUGUCCCAGGUCACCAGACCCCUUCUGAUUUGGACCAGUUCAGUGACACCUCCCUAAUAGAAGACUCACAGUCUUUACACAAACACCCUAAAUUUGAUUCUGAAUACUACCGUUUUGGCUAAUAACAAGGGCUUUCUCAUGGGACUGGUGUGCAAUUAACUUAUAUUUAUCUUCUUUCUCUGCUGCUAUUUUAUUUUUUGUGAUAAAAAAUGCAAACUUUUCCAAGGAAAGCUUAUUUUGAAGCCGCUUUACACUUCUUCCCUUGCUCCUAACAUUUCUUGUCAGGAUGGAUUUUACCCCCUGCCUUGCUUAAUCUCCAUUCUUAAUUUAUUGCAGAGACUUUUCCCUCAUAGUACAAUGCCACAAUUAAAGUGGGAAAAAAGGAAAGCAAUAAACUUAUUUUUCUCUCUUUUUAAAACACAUUUUCAGGGAUUACCAGUAAAACUUUUUGCUAAAUUUAAGAAUAAACCAUGUUCUGAUAACAA